AUGUCUACUUCUUCCCAUAACUCCAAUAAUACGUCUCCCUCUCCUAUUAUUAAUGAAUCCAAUCAAAGGAGAUGCGCCGCGUGCAAGUAUCUACGGAAGAGAUGCUCUCGAGAUUGUGUACUUUCCCCUUAUUUUCCUGCUUCUUUGCCGCAUAGAUUCGCUUGUGUCCACAAGAUCUUUGGAGCUAGUAAUGUAGCUCGGACGCUUCAGCAACUGCCAGUGCAUCAGCGGGCCCAAGCGGCGGAGGCAAUGUCGGCGGAGGCGUACUGGCGAGUGCAAGACCCGGUCUACGGGAGCGUCGGGGUCAUCAAUCUUCUACAGCAGCACAUCUACAUGAACCAACGCGAGCUCGCGAGGACGCGGGCCCAUAUUGCAAUACACAGCCCAACAAGAGGCCCAUGUAGCCCAUGGGCCGGCCUAUGGACCAGCCCAAUUUGA